AAAAGGGGUGCGGUAUCAGCCCAUGGCCAGACUCGUGCGGACCGUGUGCUGGAGACGUCUCUUCCGUGCUCCUCCCUUUUCCAUGUCCAUCUUCCAUGCAAAUCAUAGAAGCUACACUGUCGACUUGAAGUACUGAGAAAAUCCCCAGAUGGACAAAAGUACGGCCCUGAUAAAGCGAGUCAGCUGUUCACCAGUGGAAUCGAAGACCAUCAAGGUUGUGUGGGGCCGCCCAGCAUCAGGUUGUGGGGGAGACUGGAAGAGGGGUACAACCCGACGAUGCCUAUAACGAUGUAUUCGGAGCGCAUUUUCGAGAUGGAUUUGUUAGAAGCGAGUCCGUAGGUUUGUUUCAAUAUAUUUGCUGGUCUGAACUCGUCUCCCGUCGCACCAUGGCAUUACUUGUACUUCCGCUAAUUCCUCCUCUGCUUUGGAAAGCGGGACUCAUCAUCUCCUCUCCCAUUCUACUUAUAUUGACAGCGUAUUUCUUCCUCGUCCCCAAUGUCCUCAAAGACCCGCGGAGGCGCAAGCUCCCUCCCGGUCCCAAAGGCCUUCCCUUCGUGGGUAACAUGUUCGAUCUAGCCGACACGGAAGCAGUCCGAGGCAAAGUAAUAGAAUGGCACAAGCGAUACGGCGACAUUUUCUACACCAAAAUCGGGGGCACGGACUUUGUCUGGCUCUCCUCACCCAGAGUCGUCAAAGACCUCAUGGACAAGAAGAGCAGCGUGUAUUCAUCCAGGUCGCCGGCUCCACUCGCUCAAGACGUCGCUAGUGCGGGAAGACGACAAUUGUUUAUGCCCUAUGGGGCGAGGUGGAGAAGUAUAAGAAAGCAUAGUCAUGCGUUGCUGAAUCUGAACGCAUCUGUGAAAUAUCAGCCGGUGCAGGAUUUUGAGUCAAAGCAGCUGCUGGUUGAGUUCUUGGACAGUCCGAAGGAUUUCUAUCAUCAGAAUCGGAGGUAUUCAGCGUCAGUUAUUAUGCUUGUGACUUACGGGUAUCGGAUUCCGUCCUGGCAAGAUCCUCUGAUCAAAAAGAUAUAUGAUAUCAUCGACAACUUCACCGAGAUGACAGCGCCUGGUGCACAUGCAAUUGACAGCUUCCCGUCCCUCACUUGGCUUCCCCAACAGCUGCUCGGCAACUGGCGCACAUUUGGAAAGCAUGUCUUUGAUCAUGACAGCAAGAUAUACCUAGACCUCUGGAAUCGUUUAAAGCGAGAAACUGACAGUGGCGAAGCACGCGACUGCUUCACCAAGACCUUCUAUCUUAACGACCCUCAGAAGAACGGUAUUGACGAUCUUUCUGCUGCAUACACAUGUGGUGGGCUUAUCGAAGCUGGAUCCGAGACUACGGGAACGACAUUGAACAAUUUCGUCCUAUGUAUGGUGUUAUUUCCUGAAGCGCAGAAGAAGGCCCAAGAAGAGCUAGAUAGAGUGAUCGGUUCAGACCGCAUGCCGAAUUGGGAGGAUGAGAAGGACCUGCCGUAUGUGCGGAGUCUGAUUAAAGAAGUACUUAGGUGGAGACCAGUGAAUAAAUUCGGUAUGCCGCAUGCAACAUCUGAAGAUGACUGGUACAAUGGAUACUUCAUCCCAAAGGGUUCUGUUGCAGUCCUGAAUUGGUGGGCAAUUCACAGGGACCCUACGCUAUGGGACAACCCUGACGACUUUAACCCCGAUCGGUACCUCAGCAGACCUCUUCCUGCAGCUGAGUACAUGAACAUCUCGGAUCCUUAUGAGCGCGACCAUUUCACUUACGGUGCAGGUCGGCGAGCUUGUCCAGGUGUGCAUGUUGCUGAACGAUCGCUCUAUAUCAAUAUUUCCCGUGUGCUAUGGGGUUUCAAUAUCGGAAAGAAGAAGGCGCCCGACGGUAGCUUCAUCGAGCCCACGCAGGCCAUGGUGAGGGGGUUCAUGGCCGUACCGGAGCCGUUCGAAUGUGAUAUCUUGCCUAGAUCGAAGAAGCAUGCAGAGAUCAUAAGGAAGGAGUUUGCGAAGGCGGAAAAAGAAGGCAUCAGAUUCUGA